AUGGCUCAAACAUUUAACGCAGCGAAAGUUUCAUUGGCUCUGUGCCUAUUCCUCGCAGUAGCCGGCAACAGUUUCAUGUCGGCCCAGGCCUCAUCGAUACCAAUUUGGGAAUUUUUAACACGCAAUGAGAAGAUGUCUUAUUUGUAUUCGCACUUUGCCCAAUUGGUGAGUGUGCACUGCAAAACAACAGCCGCCACCUCAAAUACUCCGGUCAAUCAGUGCAAACAUGAUCUGCUGAAUUAUGGCUAUGAGAAAUUGCAAACGUUUACGGAUAAUCAACUGGAGGCAUUGGAUCCCUAUCAGAGGAAUUCGGAAAAUUUGAUUUGGACAUCAAUUAUGCGUGAUCAUCCCAGCUCUCAAUUGAUAACCACACGCAAACCACAAUCCUUGCCAACACCUCCAGCCACAAGUAUUAUCAUUUUGACACAUCAACAACCCAGUACACCAAAAUCCCAACCUGGCGAUACCACCAUGACCACCACCACUACAACGGCAACUAGCAGCGAAACUCAAUAUCCACACAAUCCCAUGUUUGAUAGCAGCGAACAGAAGCAUCAAUAUGCCAUGGAUAUGGAUAUUGCAUACGGCUAUCCCAGUAUGGCUCACAAUCCUCAGGUGGAUGUCUUCGAUAUUGGCAGUGUUCAGAAAACCUAUUUGACUGGACCCUCGGUGGUGCGUGUUAAGCCCGAUGGUACACCCGUUGAGGAGGAUAAAAAUAAACCCGCCGUCAAGGAUGAUGAUUUGGAACAUUUCGUAAAUACUGGUCUAUUUGCUCGGGACAAUGUAAUGACGAAGGCGCCCAGCAGCAGCAAUAGCGGCAGUACCACCACUCCCACAGCUACUACAUCGGCAAAUGGCAAACAUCGAAAAAUUGCCACCAUCAAUGCCUUGAAGCAACAAUAUUUGACCAAUUUAGCAAUGCAACAACAACAGCUGCUGCCACCCUAUGAAAAUGCUCGCAGCCCACGUCAGGCAUAUUGAGGGGAAUUAAU